AUGGCCUCGCAACAGUCUCCCACCGGUCCGAUGGCGCAUCAACACCAUUACGGCGCUCCUGCCCGUCCACCGCCAAGCCAUCCGAUCCCCAUGCAACAGCAGCCUCUUCUGCAGGGCAAGACUCCCGCACAAUACUUGGCCCAGACCAACGAACAGGUCUGGCUGCAGCUGGGAAACCUCUCGGAGGUCAUGGGCGAGCUCGACGGUGCCACUCAAGCCUACGAACGCGCCAUGAACUUCAAUCAGUGGUCGGUGCCCGCCAUGCUCGCCAUCAGCUGUAUCUUGCGAUCCAAGGACCAAUUCACAUCAGCCGUCGAGUACUUGAGACUCAUCCUCAAGGUUGAGCCAACCAAUGGCGAGGUCUGGAGCAGCUUGGGUCACUGCUACCUGAUGAUGGACGACCUGCAGCAGGCCUACUCCGCCUACCAGCAGGCCUUGUACCAUCUGCCCGAUCCCAAGGAGCCAAAGCUUUGGUACGGCAUUGGAAUCCUCUACGAUCGUUACGGAUCGCUGGAGCAUGCCGAAGAAGCCUUCUCCCAGGUCAUGCGCAUGGAGCCCGGCUUUGAAAAGGCAAACGAGAUCUACUUCCGUCUUGGUAUAAUAUACAAGCAGCAGCAGAAGUUUGCCCAGAGUCUCGAGGUGAGCACAAUCACUGCCCCUGGAGCAUUGUGCAAUACGCUGACAGUUCAUCCAGUGCUUUCGUUACAUUGUGAACGACCCACCGCGACCGCUAAGCGAAGAGGAUAUUUGGUUCCAGAUCGGCCACGUGCACGAGCAACAGAAAGACGUUAGUGGCGCAGCACAAUGUGCAACAGGUUCCAUACUGACGCUGUGACAGUACGACUCCGCCAAGGCUGCAUACACUCGCGUCCUCGAACGCGACCCUACUCAUGCCAAGGUCCUGCAACAGCUAGGCUGGCUCCAUCAUCAACAGAGCACCAGCUUCAGCAGCCAGGAGCAAGCCAUCGAAUACCUCGAGAAAUCUGUCAAUUCCGGUACGUUGUCUGUACGAUGCGCCACAAAUGACACAUUGUCUAACACUCCCCUAGACCAAACCGACGCACAGAGCUGGUACUUGUUGGGCAGAUGCUACAUGUCACAGCAAAAGUACCCCAAGGCCUACGAAGCUUACCAGCAAGCCGUCUACCGUGACGGACGCAACCCAACCUUCUGGUGCUCCAUUGGAGUCCUGUACUACCAGAUCAACCAGUACAGGGACGCUCUCGACGCCUACUCACGUGCGAUUCGUCUGAACCCGAACAUUUCCGAGGUCUGGUAUGAUCUCGGCACUCUGGUAAGUUGAUCUUAGCGGCACGUUGAUAUGGACGAUCAGCUGAUAGCGCCGCAGUACGAAUCCUGCAACAAUCAGACAAGCGAUGCGCUCGAUGCAUACCAAAGAGCCGCCGAUCUGGACCCUACGAAUGUUCACAUCAAGGCCCGCCUGGCGUUGCUCAAGGGUCAGCCGACCAACGGGCUGCCAAAUCAGGCUGGAGCGCCACUGCCACAAGAUGUGCACCCACAAGCGUAUCAACCAGGCGCUCUGGGUGGAGGCCCACCAGGCCCUCAAUGGGGAGCCAACUCUCAGAACCCGCCGCCGCCAGGCCCUGCACCUCCACCGCUUGCCGCUGGAAACAACUGGGGCGGAAACAGACUUGCUGACCUUCAGAACCCUCAGAUGCAGCCGCAGCCCAUGAAUCCCUAUGAUCAGCGUGAGAGGCUACCUCCUCAGCAGCAACCGCCGCCCCCACAGCAAGGCCAGCAGCCACCACAGCCUAAGCCACAAAGCCCGCCAGCACCGCGGCAAUACCAAGAUCAGACCCAGCCUCAGCGGCCACCACCGCCGCCGCAUAGAGGUCUCUCGCCUUCUCCCAAGGUGCAGCAGUCUGCUCCAGUACCAUACCCGGGUGGCCCGCAGCAUCCCAUGCCACAGAAUAUGCCUCCCCAUCCAGGGAUGACUGCACCACAGCACGAAGGUCCCCGUCCUACCUACACGUCGCAACCUACCAAUGGCCCACCUGGGCCGCCGUCUAACGGCAUGUCGACACCGGGACCUCAGCCAAAUGCUAUGCCACCGUAUGGUCGUCAGCCUGAUGGUCCACCUGAGAUUCGCCCACUCGUCAGCAAUCCUGCUCCAUCGCCAAGCGGACAAUAUCCUCGUACGCCAUAUGAACACCAUGCGAACCCAUCCGCGCCAAGCAUUGCAAGCGGCGCGCCACCACCAAGCGCUGCUCAGGCCGCGGCCGACGCGGCCGCUCGCGACAGGGAGGACAGACCGUCCAGCGCUGCUCCAAAGCGACUACGUGAAUGGGAAGAUGAUCCUAACGCCGGCUCGGCGAAGAAGCAGCCUACCGACGAGAACCGAUCGCGCCUGGAGGAGAUCAAGAUGCACCGCAGUUCGCCUCCGGCGCAGAUGGGCACUCCGCCGAUUCGCAGUCCUUCAGAGCUGCGAAGAAUGGAUGAGCAACGUCCCACAUCUGCAUAUCACCCAUCAGAGGCUGCUCAUCAUCCACCGUCGCUUCCAUCAAUGUCGUCGAUCACGCAACCGUCGGCACGCAUGUCGGCCCCGCCUCAGGAGGAGCACAGGGCGCCGCCGCCGCCGCCAACGUCGCAGGCACAGCCUCCACAAGCGGCAGUGGUUUAUGAGCCUGCAGCCCGCAAGAUGGAAGUUGAUGAGAACUACGAUGACAGUGGAGAUGAGAAGCGGUCCACAACGAAGCAGGAGAGCCAGCGGAGCAGUCCGAAGGCAUUGAACGGUGCGGCGAGCGCUACGGCCUCUUCCGGCGCUGUCGAGCAGCAGGCGUGA